AGGAGGAAGAAGAAGGAGGAGGAGGAGGGAGGCCACACAGACACCAACUGAAACAAAGUAUCUCCAAACCAGCCCCCAACUCCACCUUGUGAGACUCCCCAGCAUGGCUUCCGAGGAACUCUACGAGGUAGAGAGAAUUGUCGACAAGAGGAAAAACAAGAAGGGAAAAAUAGAAUAUUUGGUGCGAUGGAAAGGAUAUGAGAGUGAAGAUGACACCUGGGAACCUGAACAGCACCUUGUAAAUUGUGAGGAAUAUAUACAUGAAUUUAAUAGGCGUCACAAUGAAAAGCAAAAAGAAAGUACAUUAACCAGGACAAACAGGACCUCUCCAAAUAAUGCCAGAAAACAAAUUUCUAGAUCUACCAAUAGCUCUUUUUCAAAGACGUCACCUAAAUCUUUAGUGAUUGGCAAAGACCAGGAGUCAAAAAAUAAUCAAUUGUUUACUGCCACCCAGAAGUUCCGGAAAAACAAUUCACCAUCUCUUUCUGGCAGGAAAAAUAUGGACCUUGCAAAAUCAGGUAUUAAAAUCCUUGUUCCCAAAAGUCCUAUUAAAAGCAGGACAGCAGUUGAUGACUUUCAAAAUGAAAGCCCUGAUAAAUUGGACCACAUAGAACAGGAUCAAGAAGACUCUGUAGCACCAGAAGUGGCAGCAGAAAAACCGGUGGGAGCUUUAUUAGGACCUGGUGCAGAGCGUGCUAGGAUGGGGAGCCGGCCAAGAAUACACCCAUUAGUGCCACAGCUACCAGUGCCAGUAACAGCCACAAUUGCAUCAGCAUUAACAAUAAAUGGAAAAGGUACAUCCACCUUUAUUGAAGCAUUAGCAGCCAACGGUACAACCAACAUACAAACAUCUGUAACAGGAGUGACAGCCAGCAAAAGGAGAUUUAUUGAUGAUAGGAGAGACCAACCUUUUGACAAGAGGCUACGUUUCAGCGUGAGACAAACUGAAAGUGCUUACCGGUAUAGAGACAUUGUUGUCAGGAAACAAGACGGAUUCACGCACGUUUUGCUAUCAACAAAAUCAUCUGACAACAACUCACUAAAUCCAGAGGUAAUGAAGGAAGUCCAAAGUGCACUGAAUACAGCAGCUGCAGAUGACAGUAAACUUGUGCUGCUCAGUGCAGUUGGUAGUGUCUUCUGCUGUGGUCUUGAUUUUAUUUAUUUUAUACGACGUUUAACAGAUGAUAGAAAAAGGGAAAGCACUAAGAUGGCAGAAGCUAUUAGGAAUUUUGUGAAUACUUUUAUUCAGUUUAAGAAGCCCAUCAUUGUAGCAGUAAAUGGCCCAGCCAUUGGACUUGGAGCAUCAAUAUUAUCUCUCUGUGAUGUGGUUUGGGCUAAUGAGAAGGCUUGGUUUCAGACACCGUACACUACUUUUGGACAGAGUCCAGAUGGAUGUUCAUCCCUCACAUUUCCUAGGAUAAUGGGCCUGGCUUCUGCAAAUGAAAUGUUAUUCAGUGGAAGGAAGUUGACUGCGCAGGAAGCUUGUGCAAAAGGAUUGGUAUCUCAAGUGUUUUGGCCGGGAACAUUCACACAGGAAGUAAUGGUUCGAAUUAAGGAACUUGUCACAUGUAAUUCAGUUGUGCUUGAAGAAUCCAAAGCUUUAGUCCGUAAUAUCAUGAAGGUGGACUUAGAACAAGCAAAUGACAAGGAGUGUGAAGCUUUAAAGAAAAUCUGGGGCUCUGCACAAGGAAUGGACUCUAUGUUAAAAUACCUGCAAAGGAAAAUCGAUGAAUUCUGA